AUGUUGAGGAGGCUGGCCCGUUCCUUCAAGAAGAGCAACGCUGAGUUCAACCCUGACCCCCGCAGCUACACUCACCACCUUGGAGAGACUCCUGCGCCUGCCAAAGUGCUGACCGUCCAGGUGAUCGACUUCGAUGGCAAGCCUGUCUCCGAUCUACACAAACAACUCGACAAACAGCUGCUCAACAAGGUGCUGCGGACCAUGAUGCGCUGCGAGGAGAUGGACCGGUACCUGUACAUGUCCCAGCGGCAGGGUAAAAUAUCAUUUUACAUGCCGUCUUUCGGCGAGACUGCCACCACGGUGGGAGUUGCGGCCGGGCUGUAGCCCCAAGACGCCAUCUACCCCCAGUACCGAGAGCAAGGCGCUUUCCUCUUCCGAGGCUUCACAAUUGACGAGGUGAUCGCGCAGUGCAUCGGCAACCGCAAGGAUAAGGGCAAGGCCAGGCAGAUGUCCGUGCAUUAUGGGUCACCUGACCUGAACAUCUUCACGGUUUCGUCUCCCCUAACUACUCAGGUGCCGCAGGCCGUGGGGGCAGGCUACGGGUUCAAGCUGCAGAAGGCUGAUCGGAUUUCUUUGCCUUUCUUCGGGGAAGGGGCCACUUCAUAAGGCGAUUUCCAUGCGGCCAUGAACUUCGCGGCAACCCUGUCCUCGCAUACUCUAUUCGCUUGCCGCAACAACCACUAUGCUAUCUCCACGCACUACAGUGAGCAGUUCAAGGGAGACGGGGUGGCCAAGCUGGCAGUCGGUUACGGUAUGCGGACAAUGCGGGUGGACGGCAAUGAUGCCCUGGCCGUGAUUCUGGCCACCCAGCACGCCCGCCGCUAGAUCCUGCGCACAGGAGAGCCUUUCUUCAUCGAGUACAUGACCUACCGCAUUUCAGAUCACUCAACCUCCGACCACUCCAGUCUCUACCGCGAGGACCAUGAGCGUGAUUCCUGGCAGGUCAAGAACAACCCUAUCAACAGGCUGUCCAACUACCUCAAGCUGAGCGGACUGAAGGAGACCUCUGAUGCGGAGGACUAGCAGUUCAAGCAGCAGACCAAGGAGGAGAUCAUCCGUCUUUUGAAGGCCAACAGCGAGGAGAAGCAGCCCGCCAUCUCCCAGCUCUUCGAAGAUGUCUACGACGUCAAGCCAGCCAGCCUCCGCGAGCAGGAACAGCGGCUUUCCGCCCACCUUCAGGCCAACCCCGAUGCCUACGACCUCUCGAAGUUCGAAUGA